CGCCGCCGAAACCCUCUCCCUCCCUUCUCCCUCCAAUGGAUCCCAAGGCGGCGGCGAAGGCGAAGCGCUCGCACACGGUGCGGGGGCGGCGCGCCCACCAGACUCCCGCCGCCGCCGCCGCUCACAGGCAGAAGCGCGCGGAAGCCGCCGCCGCCGCCGCCUCCGCCUCCGGCCCCCGCGGCCGCAACCUCCCGUCGAACUGGGACCGCUACGACGGCGAGGACGAUGCCGAUGAAUCCGCGGCCCCCUCGGAGUGGACCGGCGAGGUGGCGCCGCGCAGCAAGGGCGCAGACUUCGGCUUCCUGCUCGAGCAGGCUCGGGCUCAGCCCCGCGAGGCGCAGCGUCUCUCCUCCCAGGAUUCGCCAUUCGAUUUUAUGCAGGCUUCAACCUCUAUGCUUGAAGCUAAAGGGGAAGAGAUUUUGUCCUGGUGUGAAGAUGACAACUUCAUCUUAGAAGAUGAUUUAGCACCCGAUUUCGAGGUACCUUUUCUCUCCAUGGAUCUGCAUGCAUUGGCCACCCAUCUUUCGAAGCUUAAGCUUUCUGAGAGGCUUUUCUUAGAGAAAGAUCUGCUACCUGAGGAUCUGGCUGUUGCAUCUGAGGUCAAUCAAAUACAGAUUCAAAGAGGCACAGAUGUGGAUAGUGAUGCUAAAGGCAGCUUGAUUCAUGACCAUGACAGCAUUCGUUGUGAUGAUCAAAUGAAAGCAGAUUGUCAGUUGAAAUGUUUUGAAGAAGAUAAAUCCACAUCAUCACCCAAGACUAGUUCUCACUCUGUGCAUUUGGACACUGGAGAAGAUAAUAACAAUAGUGAAGGGGCAAAGUUUGAGGUGGUUGCUGCAGAAGAAGAACUUGAUAUGCUUCUUAAUACGCUUGGUGGAACUCAUCUUUCUGGCUCCAAUUUAGAUGAAUCAUUUGGAAACAAAUCAACAUUGCAAGAUGUGAAAGUCAAUCAACCAGAUAAGAAAGUUACACCUAGCACUUCAUCCAAAUCAUCGGUGACUGCUGCUUGUGACGAUGCUCUAGAUGACUUGCUUUCAGAGACUUCUCCUUCUGUCCAGAAUGAAGGUUUUGCUGAACCAGGCUCAACUUCCAAGAAUGACCACAAUAUUGACAUCAGAUAUGCUAACCAGAUAGAUAUAUCUACAUCUAUUGAUGAUUUGGUGGACGACUUGCUCACUGACACUUCACUGUGCUUGAAUGGACAGAAACAAACUACAUCUGCUAAGGGCAAAGACAACAUCUCAAGUGUCAGUGUUCCUCCUAAUUCCGGACCCUCAAAUGCGUCGGACGAUUUUGAUUCAUGGUUUGAUUCUCUCUAGAGACAAUUGCCAUGAUGAAGUUUCAGUUGGAUCCUUUACUGCAGCGCAGAAGCCCAUUGCACUUAUGUUGACUUCAAGAUCUAGUUUAUAGCUUUCAGGAAGCUGUCUUUUGAAGCUCACAUACCAAUCAGUAUGGAGGUUCACUGGGGAACAAGAGUUGAUACAGUGAUAGUCUAAAAGCCUGGCCCCCAUCACCCCAUGGCUUCCACUUUUUCCACUCUGCACGUGUUAGUUCAAGGCAAAGACUUUGCUAUGGUGUCACACUGUUGCUUAAUGACUGGAAUGCAGGAAGCUUACUGCUGUAAAACCUAAAGCUCCCCUACAUCUACAUGUGCCUUCUUGAACUGAUUAUCUGAUUAUAGUCACCUUUGUGUAUCCUGUAGCAUACUUCCUCCGUUUCACAAUGUAGACUUUCUAGUAUCGCCCGCAUUCAUAUAGAUAUUAAUGAAUCUAGAUUCAUAUGUGUGUCUAGAUUCAUUAACGUCUAUAUGAAUAUGGACAACGCUAGAAAGUCUUACAUUGUGAAACGGAUGGAGUACUUUGUUGUUUUUUACUGAAACGGAGCUAAUUCUAACAGUCUGGUCUCCAUUUUUUAUCCAUGCCAUGUUUUAUAUGUAUUACUUACCUACUUUCUUUUCACUACAAAUGUAUUCAAGUUCAUACUGAUGCUUAUCUUUCAUGCUACAUGCUAUUCAGCCGACAGGGGCUAAAAUGGACUCAAAUCGUCCAAACUGUAAAAUUUGGGCCACCGACUGUUUCUGCUUGUUAGUACUUGCUAUCUUCUUUUUAGUAGUAGCGCUUGCUAACCGAUUCAGAUUUUUUCCUAUAUAAUGCUGCAGCCCUGCCAAUGAUUUGUAGGAUCAAACAGACUAAUGCACGAUUAUGAUGGAACAUGAUGUGCCAGCUCUCUGUGGAAAAAGAUGUGAGCAUAUCUUGACACCCUGUCCAUGAAAAAUCCGCAUUUUAUUAUGAGGAUAUACACAGAGAUGGCUCUUGCAUCACUCCAAGGGCUAUGUGUGGCCUGCAGCCAAACUGGUUGCUUUCAUGGGCCAUCUGCAUGACAACAUGAUGACUCUUGCCCAUCCCAUGACUUCAGCUGUGUGUUUUGGUAAGAUACUUGAACUCAGCAUUGUAGAUCAAUUCAUAGCAUUCAAUGGAAAUAGUGUGUAUAUACUUUAUUUAAUUUGAUGGUUCUCUUUUGCAUUACUUCAUCCGUCCCAUAAAAAACCAAUUUAGUAUUGGAUGAGACUUUUUCUAGUACAAUGAAUCUGAACAACAUACUAGGAAAAGUUCCAUCCAAUAUUAAAUUAGUUUUUUUUAACAGAAGGAGUAGAAUCCACACCCCAAAGUCGGUACUCAAAUGGAUCUACAUAAUUUCUACUUUUUUUAAAAAAAAGAAAAUGGCAGGCUAUGUUACCAUAAUACCAAAUUCUGUAUCACUUCAUCUAGAAACUUAAGUUGCUGACUUUAAGCCAUGCAAUUUUACCAUACUUUACACCUUAAACACGUUUCUCCUGCGUCCUGACUCCUGACUGCCUCCAAGUUUGUUUGUUUUUAUAUUCAACACCGUAUUCCAUACUAACAUAUGCACCUGCCACCUGGUCAGCUGGUCUGCCUGACCAUAGCUUAUCUCUUCUUUCCUCUACGCUUCUGUUUCACUCAAGUCCCUAACGCUAAAAGGUGGCCCGUUUUUCUUUAGGCCUCAUAAUAAGCUUCAAAAGGAAGUUGUGGUCGGCCAAACUCCAAUAUUCACAGCUAAUUGGAAAAGGAGAAAUAGAUUCCAUGGAAUUAGUGCAAAAAGAACAAUCCACUUAAGAAACAAGGCAUCUAGAUUUCUGAACCGAAGUUUUUGACAAGGUUGAACAAAGAGACCAGAUCCUAGAUGUAGCCAAAGUCAUCCACUUAGGGUGUUGCUGGAAACCAUCAUAAGGGGGAGAUUGUGGUUUAUUAAGGAUGAGUAUGACGUAUAUUGAUGAGUACAUAUGCAAAGUCGUGACGUCAAGUAGGUGUCUUUUGCAAACCAUUUACUAGCACUAUUUGCCGCCCAACUGCUAGCUAACUUGUCAAACAUGUUGAUGUCACUGCGUGAUCUCGCAGAUCUUUAUCUCACGUCGUACUGUGGCCUUGCUCGUGCCACGUCGAUGAGACUAAGUACAUUUGCAAUCGUCAUCGGAUUACAUCGACAUGCUUGUUUGUUUAUUUUAUUGUUAAGCUGAGACGCUCUUAUCAUGCCACUGAUAUGUCAGCACGUCUCAUGGUUGGUUCUUUGCUGAAUCUGAAUUCUGGAAGGCAUCAUUUGUUUUUAUUUUAUUUUAUUUUUGUGUGCGCGAUUAGUAUGCCUACCAAGAAAAAUUCAUAACGCCAAUCAUAUGCAAGAGUUAGCUUAAGCUUUUACAUAAUUACAUCUAUCCACCGCCCACAAUUUGUAGCAAGCUGAAACUGAAACCAUGCAUGUAUUUGUCAGUUACUCUGGACUGGUUAACACGGAGUCUUUUCCAUUUGCAUUUUAUUUCUUACACCAUAUAUAUUUUAUUUAUUUGAUUGGUCAGAGUCUCACAGACAUGUAGUCAUGCACUAAAGUUUUGCAGUCCUGAAAACAAUCUGAAUUUCUUGAUUGUAAUUCACCGCCUUUCCUUUUCUCCCCUAUCUUUCUUGCCACGUGCUUCUUGAGCUGUAAACGUCCUUACUCUGGCGUGAGCUCAUCUGAAAAUCUCAAUGAAUUUGUGAUGAUAGUGACGUGUUAGCUUGCUGUAAUCACUUCUAACAGAAGGGCAUUUUCCUGAUCAUAACAUGCAAUUUUCCUUGAAGAAUUGAGUUGUACAAUUGCUUCUCCAAAACUGUUAUGACUUUAUGGGACGGUGAGAGAUGCAUAUAAAAAUAUCUCGAUUGGUCAGUCAAGUCUUCUUUUAUUUGUACUUGGGUUACUUUUCGACGUAAACUGUCUUCAUGCCCUAGUGCCAUAGGGAUGAUAGGGAAACGCACUCAGCAAUCAGCAUCUCGUAUAACUCAGCAAUCAGUUUGUAGUAGGUUUGUAGCAUGCCAGCUUGCGGCUUCCCACAGGGCGAAAGAACUACGGCUCAUUCGUUUAAGAGAAAAUUGUGAAGGAAAAGUAUAGAAUUAUACCAUCCUUUGAAAUGGGCACUAAAACUACCAUUGUUUCAAAGGAAUCGACAAUAGAAAAAUUUUAUCCCUUCACUUGAUGUAAAACACACACACACACCAAAAAAAAAAAUCCACUCGAGCUUUACAAUUCUUAGAUUUGCAUAGGAUUUCCUAUGUUUUACAAUUCUUAGAUUUGCAUAUAUAUUCUCAUACUAUUUUUAUGUUUUGAAAAUCCUACAAAUCGAACAAACCACUAUAAUUUUUGCAUAUUCACAUUCUCUGUUGCAGUUUGAUAUCUGUUCCACAUAAUGUGUGAAAAAAAUUCAAAGUGAGCAUCAAGAUUUUUUUUUUCAUUUUGGGACUAACUUUUUCUAGAUAAUGAUUUUUGGGACUGACUGAUCCUAGGUAGUUGGCUAGUGCCAUUCCAGCCAGUGCAAAUGUAGGGUAUCCAAACUAUUGCAUGAUUUAUUUGGUACGCAUUUGACAGCAAGGAAGAAAAAGGACACCUAUAUAUAAAUGCAUUUCGUGUGGUUUUUGUUAAUGACGUUAUGACAACUCAUGUGCCUCGCCUCUUGUCAUUUUUCCCACCGGCCUAGCCGUGCAUGCAUGAUCAGGUGGAGUAGAGAAUAUGAACAUCUAUAAUUCCAUAGGAUUGUAUAUUUUUUUCUUACAUGGUACAACUACGUACUACAAUAGUACGCUGCAGGUUGGCUUGUGUCUCGUUAGUUUUGGAAGGUUUUCUGCUUUCCUGACGUGGAAUAAUGCUGCUAUCUGAAGCUCAUGGACAGACAUGCCAACGUGUGAAGCUUGAUUCUCUUUGCUGAUGAUCAGGCUUGCCUGCGUCCGGCUUAAUUACUUCCAAAUUGCUACAGAUUUAGUUGAAUUAAAUCCUGCAGGUGGCUGCAAAAUGUCAGUGACAGAUAUAGAGAGGUGCAAAUAUUAAUCAAACUUAAGGUUUAGUACUUACUCCAUAUGUUUAGAACAAUAGUGUCUAAAUAUAUAAAUUUUUGAGGGAAGUCUAAAUAUAUAAUUGUGAUAUCAGAAUAUCAAAACUAGGAAAAGAAAAAUAUUAGCACAGGUGCACAACAACCAACAGCCGGCCAUGAAUUACAAGCAUCCAAUACGCUGCCGUUCAUGCACGGUAGCGGCGACAACGCAUUCAGGAAGAGAAAGGGAUGUUUGCAAGCGCAUGUGCAGCAAUAUUUUUUCUUUGCAGCAUCAGAUUCUCAACCGGAAAAACACCGGGAAUUUGGGACAAGUAAAUACCGCAAAUAUUUCUCUUCAUUUCUCCCAUUCGUAUUUACAUGGUCGAAAAUAGGUAUAGGUACUAGUUACAAGGUAAUUAAGUACAGUAGCGUUAACGGACACACACUUCUCCUAAUCAUCCUUAUUAAAAUCCUAAAAGAAUUCAAGUUUUUCGUCCUAUCUAAUUACAACACCAUUAUUAAUGCCAUGAAAAAAAAAAGAAGCUAAAAGCAUCAGAUGAUUUGAACCUAAUAGGAGAGAAAAAGAAAAAAAAAAGGAAAACAGCUUGAUCGCUACUGCGUUGUUGAUUCAGAGCCAGAGUGCACCGGCCUCCUUCAGAAUGGGCACGAGCUCGCCGGAGAUGUGCACGGCCAUGAGCCGGUCGAGCCCGCCGAGGAGCCUCCCGCCGACGAACACCGCCGGCAGCGCGACGCCGCCGCCGCCGGCGA